AUGGACGUUAAUUCGAGACUACUGAGUCCGCUGACAGCUCCCAGCCUCUUCCCCCACCGCAUGGACAUGAACUCCCUGCCACAGAUGGCCAACUCCGACGAGCUGAGGGCAAAGUUGUAUGUGAGUCUGGCAGCAGCUGCUGCUGCCGCGGCUGCGGCCGCUGUGGCAACCGGGGACCCCAACAGCUCCUCUUUCCCCCUGCCGGGGACACCGGCCCUGCCUUUCAGUCAGUUUAUUGGUGCAUCAACCAAUACCGCCUCGACGACACCCACCGUGCUUCAGCCCCCUCCACCACCUGCACCACCGCCAUCGAUGCCAUCGUGCACCUUUCCUGUCAAGUCAACACCUCUCCGAAGAACACCCACUCCCCUCAGGCAGAAAUCCAUGGAGGCAGUGACCGAGGAACUGGAGAAGACAGCGUUCAGUUCGAGGUCGCAGCAGAUGAACUGGCACACCUCUAUGGCUGAUUCGAGUAAGUCUCUAACGUCCCUCAAUUUGUCGCAGUCCCCGCGUAACUUCACAAUGAGAAUUUACUUCCUGUAUCGCCGAGGACCGUAG